CCAGGUAUGAAGACUGCUUCUACAAACAUUUGUGAAAGAACGGGUCUCUCUGAGGAGCUCAGUGUAUUAAAGUGUGGUACCGUGAUAGGUUGCCACCUGUGCAAUAAGUCCAUCCAUGAAAUUUCCUUCCUACUAAAUAUUCCACAGUCAACUGUUAGUGGUAUUAUAACAACAUGGAACUGGGAACAACAGCAUCUCAGCCACGAAGUGCGUCACAUGCAGUGGAGAUGUGUUCUCUGGAGUGAUGAACCACACUUUUCUGUCUGGCAAACUGAUGGAUGUGUCUGGGUUUGGCGGUUGGCAGGAGAAUGGUAUUUGCCUGACUUCAUUGUGCCAAGUGUA